AUGAUUCUUUCCCACAAUUCCACAAGGGCGCGCGUUCGACGUCAUAAUGGCAAGUUAUAGCUUAAAUAUGGCAUGAAUUCCAACGCGCAUUCUAAAUUUUAUUGAAUUAUGGGAGCAGGAGCAAGUAAGAUUCAACCUUAUCCUCCUACUCCUCCUGGUAAUAAAAGACUUGAAUUGGUUCCCGCCAAAAAGCUUUUGUUUGAGAUGGAAGCCAAGAAAAUGUUGUUCUUGGGUGCAAGGGAAGGUAGUGUGUCAAUGAUAAUGAAGGCAAUUGAUUUGGGAAUACACGCUAACGAUGAAGACAGUAUAACAAAAAUGAGUCCUCUACAUUAUGCUGCACGAUACGGUCACGAAGAAGUCUUAGAAACGCUCAUCAAAAUGGGAGCUCAAACGAACUGUAAGCAAAAGUAUGGUUGGCGGCCAAUCCACGAGGCUGCCAUGAAUGGAAAACUAGAAUGUCUGGAUCUUCUCUUGAGAUGUGGAUCUCACGUGAAUGCUAAAACUGGCUUGACUGUUAAAGGGAUGACUCCCCUACAUUAUGCUGUUAAAUAUGGACACUUAGAAUGCGUCAAGUUUCUGGUUGCCAAUGGAGCAAAAGUUAACAAAACAAACGAGAACUACGAAAUACCGUUACAUAUGGCUGCCAUGCGCAACGAGCCUGAAUGCUUAGAGUUCCUCCUACUCAAUGAAGCCAAUAUCAAGGCUCGGACGUUACGUGACAUGGACGCUGCGUAUAUGGCAUCAAUUGUAGGCUCUGUACCAUGUCUCAAGAUCCUUCUACGYCACGGUGUCGAUAUCAAUGCCAAAUAUGGUGGAGGGUAUACCAUGAUGCAUAGCGCAGUUAUUAAUGGUAGAGUGGGUUUUGUAGAAGCUCUGAUAGAAUGUAAAGCUGACAUGGAGCGUAAAACGUACGAUAAAAAAUUAACUCCAUUGCAUCUAGGCGCACGCCAAGGACAGACAAGAUGUAUGAGGGCUCUAAUACGGCAUGGCGCAAACGUGAAUGCUUUGUCGAUCAAAUACUUCACACCUCUGCAUCAUGCUAUUAAACGAUAUCAGAGAGAUGCCGCUGCCCUMCUUAUCCGAGAAGGAGCAGACAUCAAUGCACAGACAGAAGAUUUAAAGUUUACACCACUACGCAUGUGCAUACUAGCAAAGGAUAAACCAACCGCGACCCUGCUGAUGAAGGCUGGGGCUGACCCUAAUACCCCGGAUGUCGACAAUAAGACACCCAUCAGACUAGCUCAUGAUGAAGAAAUGAAAAAGAUUCUCACAACARACUACAAAAAAYUUGAAGCAGAACUACAGAAAGUUUCUGGAAAAUCAUAAUGUGGAAUGCAUUGUCGAUAACAAUUAUUUGAAAUAAAGAGAAUAAGACACGGAAGAAGGGGUAGUGUCCAAGAGUGAAAAAACGGGAUUUGUUUCUUAACAAACAUGGCGGAAAAAUAGAGCUGUUUCAGUUUUAACAAAUGUAACUUGA